AUGGCCGGCCAGCAGUUCCAGUACGAUGACAGCGGCAACACAUUUUUCUACUUUCUCACGUCAUUCGUGGGACUCAUUGUGAUCCCGGCCACCUAUUACCUCUGGCCGCGAGAUCAGAAUGCUGAGCAAUUGCGCCUGAAGAGCCUGCGGCGAGUGCACAGCAGGUGCUUGUGGUACCGGCUCCGGCUGAUGAAGUCCCAGCAGAGCAUCGUCCCCACACUCAAGAAAACUGCCUUAAUGUUUGGCUGGGCCAUCUUCCUGCUGCUGGCAUACAAGGUGUCCAAAUUGGACCGGGAGUACCAGGAGUAUAAUCCCUAUGAAGUCCUCAGCCUGGACCCGGGCGCAUCACUGCCGGAAAUCAAGAAGCAGUACCGCGUGCUGUCGCUGAAAUUCCACCCGGACAGAGGCGGCGACGAGGCCAUGUUCAUGAGGAUCGCCAAAGCCUACGCCGCUCUCACCAAUGAACAGUCCCGAAAAAACUGGGAAAUUUACGGCAACCCGGACGGUCCCGGCGCGACCAGUUUCGGCAUCGCCCUGCCCGCCUGGAUUGUAGACCAGAAGAACUCAAUGCUGGUGUUGCUGGUGUACGGUUUGGCGUUCAUGGUCAUCCUCCCCGUGGUGGUGGGAACGUGGUGGUAUCGCUCCAUCCGGUACAGCGGGGACCAGAUCCUCAUCAACACCACUCAGCUCUUCAUGCACUUUAUGUACAAGACCCCCAACAUGAACAUGAAGCGGUUAGCCAUGGUGCUGACGGCAGCGUUCGAAUUUGACCCUCGCAGCAAUAAAGAAGCCACCAUCCGACCCACGGACAACAUCGAAGUGCCGCAGUUGAUCCGUGAGCUGGGAAACAUCAACGUGAAGAAGAAGGAGCCUCCGUUCUGCUACCCGUACAGCCUGAAGGCCCGAGUGUUGGUCCUCUCCCACCUGGCGCGCAUGGAUGUUUCCGAGGAGCUGGAGGAAGAUCAGCGCUUCGUGGUAAAGAAGAGUCCCGCGCUCCUCCAGGAGAUGAUCAACGUGGGCUGCCAGCUCACCAUGAUGGCCAACAGUAGAGGAGGUCAGCGUUUCCACGCGCCUCGGCUGGUCACCAUCGAGAACUGCAUGAAGUUGACGCAGAUGAUCGUGCAGGGCCUCCAGGAAUCCAAGUCGCCGCUGCUGCAACUGCCUCACUUCGAGGAGGAGCACCUCCGCUACUGCAUCUCCAAGAAGUACAAGGUCCGCAGCCUGCAGGACCUGGUGAGUCUCAAAGACUCGGACCGUCGCGCCAUGCUCCGCUUCCUGGGAGAGGAGAAGUACGACGAGGUCAUGGCCGUGCUGGGGAGCUUCCCGCACAUCAGCAUGGACACCAAACUGCAAGUCCUCGACGACGAAGACAGCAGCAACAUCACGGCGGGCUCCAUCGUCACCGUGACCGUCACCUUGGCCAGGAAACCGAUGGCGGAGGUCUUUGAAAAGGAGCAGGGGCCCUCACCGUGUCCGGGAGAGGAGGCGGCGACGGCGGCUCCCGCCGAAGAAGGGCAGGGAGAGGCCAGUAAAGGCAAAUCGAAGCAAGUUUGGCAGAACAAGAACAAAGUUGCUAAGAAGAUGGCAAAGUCCAAAAAGAAAAAAUUAACCAAGAAAAAGGCAGCCACGCCGGCACCAGUCAAAAGCAAGACGGCCAACGGAAACGUGGCGGGAAACGAGGGGACGCCGGCGGCCAAGGAGGACGACGAGGAGCUCUCGGACAAAGGUAGUGAGUCGGACGAGGGCGAGGCCGCCAAAGACUCACCCAGCGAGAGAGACGAAGACAGCGACAAGCAGAGCGAUACAGAGCUGGACGAGAUGGCAGGAGAUGACGAGGAGGAGUGGGAGGCAUUGCAGCAGAGCAUCCAGAGGCGAGAGCGCGCCCUGCUGGAGACCAAGUCCAAGGUGACGCACGCCGCGUACAGCCUGUACUACCCCGAGGAGAAGCAGGAGUGGUGGUGGCUCUACAUCGCCGAUCGGCGCGACCAGACCCUGGUGUCCAUGCCCUACCACGUCUGCACGCUCAAGGACAGCGAGGAGGUGGAGCUCAAGUUUCCGGCACCUUCCAAAACGGGCAACUAUCAAUAUUCCGUCAUCCUGCGCUCCGAUUCCUAUUUGGGACUUGACCAGAUCAAACCACUUAAGCUGGAGGUGCACGAGGCCAAAGCCGUGCUGGACAACCAUCCGCAGUGGGACAUCCCUGACACGGAGGAGGAGGACGAGGAGCAGGAGGACAGCGACGGCAUCGAGGAGAGCGAGGACGACGACGACAACGAUUGA